AAAAGCAGUUGAGGUGUAGGGUCGUCACACGGAGUUUACUGAAGAUGGAAACCCGAAUACAACGUGUUGUGCAAGGUAUUCUUCAUAUGCGAAUAAAACCUUCUUACAAAGCUAGUCAAAAUGGGUGAUACUACUGAGGGACAAUUUGAAGAUGCUGAGGAAGAAAUAAUACGGGAACCAAAGAUUGUCCAGGUUGAUACGACAGUAGAGCAUCAAGAUGGGAUGAAUGGAGAAGACUAUGAAGACAGUGAUGAGAGUGACGAUGAUGACUUUGGCUAUGACUUUGAAGGGGAACACAGAGACUUCACCAAGAAGUACAAUGCUUCGCACUCUUCAAGGCCCAAUGCCCAGCAGCCCAACCAGCAGGCCCCCAGCAAGAACAAGGUGCACUUCCAGCCUUCAGAGAAGUCCAUGCGCAAAUAUGUCAACAAGAUCAAUGUCGAGAAAUACUAUGGCCCCAAACUGUCCAGCUCAGCUGUGUCUUCCCUCACAGAGACAGGGAAGAAACUGGAUGCAGACAGAUAUCGAGGGAAGGACAAGGCUGACCGAGCCACAGCAGAACAAGUAAUGGACCCACGUACCAGAAUGAUCCUAUUCAAGUUGUUGAGUCGCGGAUUCAUCGUCGAGAUCAACGGCUGCAUCAGCACAGGGAAGGAGGCCAAUGUCUACCACGCUGAGGCGAGGGAUGGACCAGACCGGGCGGUCAAGGUGUACAAGACGUCCAUACUUGUCUUUAAGGACAGAGACAAAUAUGUCAGUGGAGAAUUUCGGUUCAGACAUGGUUAUUGUAAAUCCAAUCCCAGGAAGAUGGUGAGAACAUGGGCCGAGAAAGAAAUGAGGAAUUUAAUCAGAAUCCACCAAGCUGGUAUCAACUGCCCCGAGCCCCUCCUGCUCCGGAGUCAUGUUCUAGUCAUGGAGUUUAUCGGGACGGAUGGAUGGCCAGCCCCUCUGCUGAAGGAUGUGGAGUUGUCAGAGUCGAAGGCGAGGGAGCUGUACCUGGACUGCAUCCACAUGGUGAGGAAGCUGUACCAUGACUGUCACCUGGUGCAUGCCGACCUCAGCGAGUUCAACCUGCUAUUCCACGAGGGGAAGUUGUGUGUUAUUGACGUGUCUCAGGCGGUUGAGCAUGACCAUCCACAUUCCCUCGAGUUCCUCAGGAAAGACUGCAACAACAUUACAGAAUAUUUUCGGAAAAAAGGUGUGUCAGCCAUGACAGUAAAGGAAUUGUUUGACUUUGUGACUGACAUGAGUAUCACUGACGACAACAUCGACGACUACUUGGACAAGGCUAUGGCCAUCACAGCCAGUAGGACCCUGGAGGACGUCACAGAACAGGAGAAAAUAGAUGAGGAGGUUUUCAAAAAUGCCUACAUCCCGCGAACUCUGGAUCAGGUGAUAGACUUUGAGCGAGACUUUCGCAGAGCUCAGACUGGUGAUGUUUCUCAGGUGCUGUACAGCAAGGUGACAGGGCUGAAAGAGGACUUGACGGGCCCGCAACAGGACCCAGAUGUGUUGUCCAAGGAUGAGGAUGUGGAGUCCGAGGGGGAUGGGAGUUCAUCUGGGUCAGCUGACAGUGAGGAAGAGGAUGGAAAUAAUCUCAACACUCAACGCCCAAGGGAUGAAUCCCCUGGCAGCAAGAAGGAACGCAAGAAGGCUGUGAAAGAAGCUCAACGGGAAAAGCGGAAAACAAAAGUCCCGAAGAAGCAUGUUAAGAAGCGGAAAGAGAAAAUUGGUCAACAAAGAAAUGUAAAACGCUGAAGUCUUGCAGCGGGCACUCUACCAUGUCUUUCAAGUGUUGUUAACCCAUUAAGUUACGGGUUAGAAUGUAUCUUCAGUAACCCAUGUUUGUCGUAAGAGACGACUAACGGGAUCGGGUGGUCACGCUCGCUGACUUGGUUGACACAUGUCAUCGGUUCCCAAUCGCGCAGAU